UUCAACUCGCAGCUUCAGUAUUUGGUGGAACAUAAAGAUUAAGGCAGGCUGUGAAAAAGUCACCCCGACCGCGUUGCAGACAGGCAUAUUGGUGGACACCCUCAGGUCCUUCUUUCUUUUUCUCGUUCCUGAGCGAGCUGACGCCAAGAUGAACGACUCAGUCACACUUAGAACCAGGAAGUUCAUGACGAACCGCCUGCUUCAGAGGAAGCAAAUGGUUCUCGAUGUUCUGCACCCUGGCAAGGCAACAGUCCCCAAGACUGAAAUCAGGGAAAAGCUUGCCAAGAUGUACAAGACAACCCCUGAUGUAGUCUUCGUCUUCGGUUUCAAGACCCAGUUUGGUGGUGGCAAGACAACAGGGUUUGCCAUGAUCUACGAUUCCUUAGACUUUGCCAAGAAGAACGAGCCCAAAUACAGACUGUCCAGACAUGGUCUUUAUGAGAAGAAAAAGACUUCCAGAAAACAGCGUAAGGAAAGAAAGAACAGAAUGAAGAAAGUAAGAGGCACCAAGAAGGCAUCUGUUGGUGCUGCUGGCAAGAAGUAAGAUCUUCAGUGCAGACCGUCGCCCUGAAUGUUCUUGUUUGUGAAAUAAAAAAAAUAAAAAAAAAAGAA